AUGCCUCGCAACUUCUUGCCGCGAUUCCCAAGCGCAAACCAAUUUGCGGAGUGGGUCUUUGACGUCGCCAAACAUCGCGCCGUGCAGUUGAAUCUGAGUUUUUGCGAGAGGAGCGAGGACGUGCGAGACGCGCUGCUCAAGAAAUUCCACCGCUGGCCCGAGACCAAGAUCGCGAGUGCAGCGGAGCGAUUCAAGACUCUGAACCAGGAGGCGGAGCAGAAAUGCCUAGAACAAGUGCAGCUUUACAUCCACGAGCUGCGCGGGAAGUUGCUAACCGGUACAAGCGCGUUGUUUUGGCUCGACGUCCUGCAGCCCUUGAAGCAUCCUGCAAUGCUGCCGAGAUCCGAGGUGCGAGCGGUGCUCGUGGCGUUGCUGGACGAGAUCAUGGCGACUGACGGUCUCUUUGGGCUGCUGACGAAGACGGACGAGCGCCUUUGGGCCGUAUUGACGCUGCCGCUGAAGCUUGAGCCGUUG